AUGGCAGGUUGUUUUGAUUCUUUCGCCCACGGCGGUACCCAAGACCGCGACGAAAACAACGACGGUAAGCACGAGGGUCAAGACGACCCUCGCGUCCUUGCCAGUGCCGAGCGCGACGACCGAGCCGCCUUUGUCAUGGCAAAGAACAAUAACCUUGUUCUCGUCGCGUGCAUGCCUCUCGAUAUGGACGGCCUCGACAAUACCGACAACGGCGAUAUGCAUGGCCUCGCCUCUCAGGGCUUGGAGCUGGGUAUGUUAUUUCCCCUCUCCCCUUCUACCUUCUGCCCUGCCCCUCACCCACCCCCACCCCCCAACCAGCUCCGGUCAGAGUGA